GCUGCUCUUCUGCAACCUCCAUUGCUCUGCACCUUCUCCCCCAGCGCCUAGCCUCUCUCUUGUUCCAUCUACAAAUCUCCGUGUCCUCUGCUCCACUUUCACCUACUUAUGGCCGCCCGUCGUGCCUUUCCGAUCAUUCGCCACCUCACCUCCCCCUGCCGGAGCCGUUCUCGCAUCCUCCCUCUCCGGUUCGACACCCGAUCCGUCACCUACAUGCCGAGGCCCGGCGAGGGAUCCCCGCGUCAGGUGACUCUAAUUCCCGGAGACGGAAUCGGUCCUCUGGUGACCAACGCGGUCGAGCAAGUGAUGGAGGCAAUGCACGCUCCCGUCUACUUCGAGCGCUACGAAGUCCAUGGCGAUAUGAAGCAGGUUCCUCGAGAGGUGAUGGAGUCUAUUUUGAAGAAUAAGGUGUGUUUGAAAGGCGGGCUGAUUACUCCGAUGGGCGGCGGUGUGAGUUCACUGAAUGUGCAGCUCAGGAAGGAGCUCGACUUGUACGCCUCGCUUGUUAAUUGCUUCAAUUUCCCUGGAUUUCCGACGCGUCAUGAGAAUGUCGACAUCGUCGUCAUUAGGGAGAAUACGGAGGGCGAAUACUCUGGCCUCGAGCAUGAGGUCAUCCCUGGCGUCGUCGAAAGCCUCAAGGUGAUUACAAAGUUUUCCUCAGAACGCAUUGCCAAAUAUGCAUUUGAGUAUGCUUAUCUGAACAACAGAAAAAAAGUGACGGCGGUGCACAAAGCCAACAUUAUGAAACUUGCAGAUGGUCUGUUUUUGGAGUCUUGCAGGGAGGUGGCAGCGCAAUAUCCUAGUAUCCAAUACAAUGAGAUUAUUGUUGACAACUGUUGUAUGCAGCUUGUUUCAAAACCUGAGCAAUUUGAUGUAAUGGUGACUCCUAACCUUUAUGGCAAUCUAGUGGCCAACACUGCAGCUGGAAUUGCUGGGGGUACUGGUCUCAUGCCAGGAGGGAAUGUGGGGUCAGAUCAUGCGAUAUUUGAGCAAGGAGCUUCAGCAGGGAACGUGGGGAAUGAGAAAAUAGUGGAGCAGAAGAAGGCAAACCCGGUGGCUUUGCUGCUGUCAUCGGCCAUGAUGCUGAGGCACCUUCAGUUCCCUUCCUUCGCUGACAGACUCGAGAAUGCUGUCAAAGCUGUCAUCUUGGAGGCCAAGUGCAGGACCAAGGAUCUUGGUGGAGACUGCACCACCCAAGAUGUUGUCGAUGCUGUCAUUUCCCUUUUGGACUGACUGCACAACUCCCAGGUUUUGUUUUUAUUUAUUCUUUUUUGUUUUUAAUUUUAUUCAUAAUUCUUUGUCAAAUAAUCUGCAACUUCAAGUUCUAGGGUCAGAUUCGGUUUAAUAAACAUUUAUUUCCAACUUUUGUUAUAAUUGUCCUAUAAAUUGUGGACAAGGAGAUGUUUUGAAAAGUGUUGGUUGAAGGCGUCAAAUUCCUUUUUGAGAUUGGAUUUUGAGAAAUAGAA